AGUAGGAGGUUGGGGUUUCAAGUUUGUUAGUACAUUAUCUAACUGAAAAGUAUUUCUGGUGGGUAAGGAUUAACUUAGAUUUUACUUGAAUUAGAGGCUUUGCUUAAUAAAGUGAGAUGGAGUGUCCUCAUUUGUUGGAAAAUGUCAAAAUAUCGUCUCCUGCCCAGACGGCAACAAAGGAGUUGGCCUGCGCAGUUUGUUCUGCCACUGAUAGUCCUUGGAUGUGUCUUCACUGUGGCGUUCUACAUUGCGGCCGUUACGUCAACGGUCAUUCACUGGAACAUUCAAAACAGCAAAAUCAUCUUGUCUGCAUCGACUGUAGUUCACUUUCAGUCUUUUGCUAUAGCUGUGAUGAUUUUGUCGUGAAUGAUACGGAGAACGGUUGCCUAGCUCGUAUUAGACAGCUUAUCAAGGUCGGUGAGACAUCUCAAGGCUCUACUGCACAUGAAAACAGACGGAACCUACGCCCCCGAUCUAGGAAAAGGUGUCACUCGGCUGACAGUAGUACAGGGAGCACUGAAAAUGGAAGUGUAGAAAACGAGAAGGCCUACCCUCGAAAAAGACGGACAACCAGCAACACUUACCUCAAAACUGUGAAACGUGAAAAGAAAGUGGUAGGACUUCGUAAUUUAGGGAACACUUGCUUCAUGAAUGCAGUUCUACAAUCUCUCAGCAAUAUAGAAGAGUUUCGCGUGUACUUCAAGAAGCUGCCGUCACUAGACAACAUCAAAGGAGUGGGUCGGAGCAAGGUUUACCAGUCUCGCAGUUUCCGAGAACUCAAUGACGCCAUCAUGGCGGAGGAGCUGCGUAAGAUCAUCAUCAGCCUGACGGAUAAUGGAGCCAGCAAGUCUGCUAUUUCGCCAGAGUCUCUGUUCCUCGUCAUUUGGAAAGUUGUACCUAGGUUCCGAGGCUAUCAACAACAAGAUGCUCAUGAGUUCCUGCGCUACAUGCUGGACAGACUGCACACAGAGUUGCUACAUCUACUGCCUGAGUCUCCGUAUUUGCUGGGACACAAAGGGAAAUCAUCCAUCGUCACUAGUGUCUUUGGAGGCACACUACAGAGCGAGGUCACAUGCUUGAACUGCAAUGUUGAGUCGAAGAAGCACGAUCCGUUUCUAGACCUCUCUUUGGACAUUCCAGAAAAGUGUUAUCAAAAGAAAAACAGAGAUUCUAGUGAUGAACCUAUUUCUCCGUGUAAUAUUCUAGACUGUCUCACAAGCUUCAUUCAAGUAGAGGAGUUGGCGGAAACAGAGCUUUACUACUGCAACAACUGUAAAAGCAAACAAAGGUCUACCAAGCGGUUUUGGAUACGCAGACUGCCAAAUGUGCUGUGUCUACACUUGAAGCGGUUUCGGUGGAACAACUUCUGGCGAACCAAGAUAGACAUUAACAUCCAGUUCCCAGUGUCGGCUCUAGACAUGUCGCAGUUUGUGCUCAGUGAUCUACCAGACACCCGCCUCAGUGGUUCCAACCUUUACGAUCUCGCUGCUGUAGUAGUCCACCAUGGGUCUGGUGCUGGAUCAGGACACUACACAGCAUUCGCAAUAAAUGAUGGCCAGUGGUGGCACUUCAACGACAGCUCGGUCCGUCAGACACAGCUAGAAGUAGUGGCUAAAUGUAAGCCUUACAUUCUCUUCUACAUCAAACGAGAGUUCAGCGUCCACUCCUCGUGAGGUCAUUCGACUUUCCUCAAAUCAUAAAGUAUCAAAUUCGUUUUGGAAGUGUGCUUACAAUUCAAAGCUAACUAGGCUUUUGUGAUACUUUUUUUUAAUAAAUAACACUCCUCGAAACGUUAUUUCUGUCUGCUAGUCUGAAAUCUUAUCUUGGUGUACAAGAUAUGGUGAUAAUAUUACUUAGCAUUUAUCGUUUAUCGUCUCGAUUGUCGCUCGGAAUCCGGAUAGAUCGAUCUAUUUUUGUAAUCGACCGCAUAUUUCAGGAUCUAAGCCGAAUUAGCUUUCCCGGGGUUGGUGGGUAGUUUCGGUAUCUUAGCUCAAGUAGAGUUUUAUGUGAAUGAAUUGAGCCUUACUGUAUGUAGCCGCCCAUUUUCUGUUAAGCAUUUAGUUUUGUGGUAAACGUUCAUAGACCUUAAAUUGUCACUAGGAAAUGUAUUAUUUUCAUCUAGUAUUUUACAGUUAGGAAUUUCUUGUUAUUAUAUAUUUAUUUUAUUACAUUUUUGUGCAGUGUUUGUUUUUAUACUGAGAUUCUAGUUUAAUUUACAAUUAAAUGUUUGCAUCGGUUAUUUCAGUUGUUGGAAUUUAUUUGAUAGCUUUAAGUUAUAUUAUGUGUUAUUUUUUGGCUUCUUUAAGGCUAAACAAUGAAAACUUUUAUUUUUGUGUUUAGUUUCUCGUCAUUAAAUAUUUUCAUACAGAAAUAUAAACAUGUCUGCGGUUUGAGUUUGAUCAUUUUCAUAAAAGUAAAAGAAAUCAGUUUAUUUUAGCUGCAAUCUUAAAAUAAGGGUGUCUUAGAAGAUUAAUAUGCCACUCAAAAAAUGUUUCUCUAUAAUUAAGAUAAGCGCUAAGAGUCUGUUAUAAAAAUAUAUAGGGCUUUGUAUCUAUGGACUUGUAAGUUCAAUAAUACUCUUAUGGAUGUUAAGCAAGCUCUUAGAUGUUUCCCUAGCUCUUAGCUGAUAAUUGAUUAGGUAAGAAUAUAAAAUUUGCAUAUAUUUGUUUACACAGAUUAUGUCUCACCGAUUCAAAUACAGAUGUACUAGUUUAACUAAAAACAUUUAUGUAGGCCUAAUGUACAAAAUUUAACGAAAAGAUCAAUACACAAUCUUAUACCUGUGGUACUUAAAAUACAUGUUCAAUAAAUACAUGAUAUAAAAUAGUUAUUAAUAAGAACAAAAGAUCCGGAUCACAAUUUUCCACAUAUCCAACUGACAAACUUUUAACCUCAACGAGGGUGUUUAUGUGAUUAUUAUUCAGAACUAAAAAGCUACAAUAACUCCAUAUUAACUGGCCAAACAUUUUAUCAGCCCACCCUGACAAGAAUAUUAUAUUUCAUUACAAGUACAAGGGAUAUUUUCUAAUGCACAUUUAAGUUUUGUGUGUGAUUCAAUACCGGAAAAAUCACUUUUGUUUCAAGUUAUGGACAAUACUUAUCACUACACAAAAAAACAUACAGAAUAACAGAACUCAGUAAAAGUAAAACUAUUUUAUUUCUGUGGUGGAAGGUUUUCUGUCAUGUCUGAAUCUUUUCAUAGAAUUAUAAGGGAUGUUAGAUAUAUUGGAGGCAUUUUUUUAAGCACACUAUGCUAAAAAUACUGCAAAAAUUUGCUUUUGCCUAUUUAGUUUACAUUUAGAUGAAUGAACAGUAAAACCGGCUGAUUUAUAAUAGUAGGUGGUAAAGAAACAUUAAUGUUUUUAGUAAAUGGCGAACUGAUUGAGAGCAAGAGAAAGUAAAUUUGGAAAGCAAUUUGCUUUCUUUGACAACAGCUGAUAUCGGAAAAAUAGCUUUUUUCUGUACGAAGUGAUGAAAAUAUUAUUACCUCUUAAUCGGCUAUUUUAAAACAAAGUACUGCAUUAACACUUAAAGUUUAUUAAAUUGUAACGUUAAGACUGAAAAAAAAAACAUUGUUUAUCAGUUAUUCAAAUUCAAGUAAUAAUAUACCAUUUUGUUAACCAAACUCUUAAUUUAUCAAAUUUGUGAAGUUUUAAUGUUAAAAUCAUUAUCAGGCCUCAGUCUUGUUCCUGAGGUGGCUGGUUGACAAGAAACCUACUAAAUCAAAAUGUUUAUAAAUUCAGUUUUGUUUUUUCAAUUUAAUAUUGAAUGUAUUCUUUGAUUCCAACAUUGAAAUAGUUUCAAUUCUAGUAAUUGUAGAGAUAAUUUGUGUGUUGAUAAAAUCAUUGGAAAUACAGUAAAAUUACAACCAAUUGUGAUCUUAAACUAAAAAAUUAAUUGUUUUGGAUUUAUUUAUUGCAUGAUCAUCCUAACUAAUUUGAUUGUAUUUUGGAUGUAUCAUAAUUAGCUGAUCUGAAAAUUGAAAGUCAAGUUUUGUUGUGGCGGUUAAUUAUAAAAGGUUUAAGAAUCAUCUGCAUAGUUCAUGUUCAUGUAAAUAAUUGUACAAAUACUCAGGUUUCCAAUAAAGCUUUCAUACUAAUUGGUUGGGAAGUCAACAUUCCGAAAAUCUCCAGUGGUUAAUUUCACUAGAUGUUUAUUUGGGCAAUUCAUUUACAUUAUAGCCGUAGUACAUAUAUUUAUCAUUGUACAUAUCUCAAAUAAACUAUUGUUUAUCUAGAAA